AUGACCAUAGCUUGGCCGAGGUGGACAUGUGCUCUAUCCGGAGUCUUCAGGUAUCAUCACACCAAUAGCGUCCCUGUCAGCAGGGACAUCUUGCUGAAAACUCCAAUAUCAAAGGAACGAUGGGAGCUAACUAAAGACAAAGUAACACUUGAUACAAAAAUUGGCGAAGGUGCUUUCGGAGAAGUUUGGAAGGGCACUCUCAAGGAAGACCCAUCAAAGCCACCUAUUGAUGUCGCUGUUAAAGUGACAAAAUUAUGCGAAGAGAACAAGGCAAAGAUUGAUGACAUGCAUCGAGAAGCUCGUAUGAUGCGACAGUAUAAGCACAGACACGUGGUUGCCUUUCAUGGCGUAGUUAACGAAAGUGCUGAUCGUGUGAUGAUCGUAAUGGAACUGAUUAAUGGUGGAGGUCUUGAUCACUAUCUACAAAAAAAUCCUAAUGUACAUUUUCAGUCAGUGAAUCGUUUAGUUUUGUUGGCAAUUAAGAAAGAAACAUAUGCCGUUCACCAACUUGCCUUAAGAGAUGUGGCAUGCCGCAAUUGUCUCAUCGACGAGAAAAACAACAUCGUUAAAAUUUCCGAUUUUGGUCUAUCGAAACAAGGAGACUCUUACAAAGUUCCUGAAGAAGAGAAACUGGCCAUACGAUGGCAAGCUCCAGAAGUGAUAGCAACGAGAGUUUACACUCCCGCAUGUGACGUUUAUUCAUAUGGGAUUCUUGUGUGGGAGAUAUUUAAUGAUGCUGAAAUGCCAUAUAAAGGAAUUGACAACAAAACGAUCAAAGCUAAGAUUUCCGAGCCUGACUUCCGUCCAAAUAUAGACCCUGCCAUCCCACAUAACGUUCAAGUAGUAAUGAAAUGUUGUUGGAAUGGAGAUCCUGCCCAGAGGCCAACUAUGAAGCGAGUAUUUGAGCUGUUGUUAAGGAAAGCUUCUGUAAGGAGAUCCCACUCAGCAGCAGAGGAACCAGCGCCGGACGGAUCAGCGACAGUCAUAAAACACGCAUCGGCCGUUUUCAAGAAAACAGUGGGCACAAGUUCUAGACGAAGAUCUGUAGCACAAUCAAGAAAGGGAAGUAAAGUGAGGGCGAAGUGA